ACCCAAACACAAUUCAACGAGAGAACCUCAAGAGAAAACCAUUGAGUCAAUCAAAGAGAACAAGAAGCUAAAGUUCACAUGAAUCAUACCAAUCACAAUCAAGAUCAAAGAAGAUUAUUACAACAAGAACAAGAACAAGAACCAUUAAAGAAGAAACUAAGUAAACUGAUACCUAAUCAAAUCAAAAACCAAUUCAAAUCAAACCAUCAACCUUUAUUACCAGAUCCAAACCAUCCAACUAGAUUCAAACCAUCCAAUAACCAAAGAUUAUCAAAACUCAUUAUCAUCAUCAUCAGUAGUAUUUUGAUUAUCUAUAAUUUGAUCAGUUGGACAUUAGAUCAACCUAAUCAUUUACAAUUAGAUCCAAUCAUAGAUCCUAUCACAUUUCAAAUCAAACCAAUCGGUGAUCCAUAUCAAAAAACCAAAAACAUUCAAACCAAGACUAAAUCAAGUGUUUCGAUCGAAUUACAAAACCAAGAAAGAUUAUCAAAUUAUAAUUUAAGAAUCUUACAUGCUAUUCAUCGAAAUAUCACCAAAGCAUCUAAAGAAUUAAAGAAUAAGAGUAUACCUAUUCAUUAUGAUCCAUUAGAAGAAACUCAUGCAGAUCAACUUGAUCCUUCAUUGACGAAAAACCAUCCAUCAAAUCUAUCGGAGUAUCUGUGGUAUAAAGGAGAUCAAGGAUUGAGAUCGAACAGACCGGUUUCUAGGUUUAAAUGUGAUGCGAAGUUACAAAAAGAUUGUAGUUUAUUGUUUAUUGGAAUCUUUACAACACCAGAUCGAUACUCCAAACGAAACCUAAUCAGAACAUUACUCAAAGCUGACUUACCACCUUCUUCUUCUUCUUCUUCCAAUCAUCAAGCACCGAUCAUCGAUUUAGUUUUCAUUUCAGGUAAACCUAAGAAUGAGUAUUGGAAUUAUUUAAUUGAAGAAGAAAACAAACGGUAUGGAAAUGAUGUGAUCGUUCUUGAGAAUCUUGAAAAGGAUAAUAUCGAUUUGGGAAAGACGUAUGAGUUUUUUCGUUGGGUUUCAAUGGGUGCUAAUGGUCGUUGGAAAAUGGAUAGAGUAUUGGAUCGUGAGAUCGGACUAGAGAAUCGAGAUCCUAGGAUUAAAGAGAUUGGUAGACCUCAGUUCGUGAUGAAAUCGGAUGAUGAUACUUUUUUAGUCAUUCCUAAUUUGAUUAAAGAGUUUCAAAACUUGGAUUGUGGUUCGAAUAUAUAUUGGGGUACUAGUCAAGGAUCGAAUCCAUUAUUUCCAGCAUACUUUAGAGGUUUAGCUUAUGCCCUAAGUUGGCCACUAGUGGAAUGGAUUGGUACAUCUAAUAUGUCAUAUGAAUCUCAAGUUGGAAUUGAAGAUGCAAGAGUAGGAGCUUGGUUAAGUGAUCUAGAUGAUCGAGUGGAUCGGUUGAUGAGAAUCGAUUUGGGUUGGAGAAUGGGAGAUUGGAAUCAACUUGAAAUCGAUUCAGAUACAGUAGCUUUACAUUGGCUUAAAUCAAUUGAAUGGUUUCCGAUGGUUAAGUUUAGAGUUUUGGAGGCUUGGAGAAGAUCGGGAUUGGUUUAUCGUUGGGAUUGGUAUUUUAAAUUACCUUAGAAAUAAGAUUAUCAAACAUUGAUGAAUUGGAUUUGAUUAGAUCUUGGAAUUUUGGAAUUUGAUAUGUAUUUUUAUUGGUUUUGGGGUUUUGUAAGAUGUGAUUAAGAAUUGAUCAAGAAGAAAAAAGUUUUGGAUUUGAUGGAUUUGAUACAUAUAUGAUUUUUGGAAUUGGAAUUGGAAUUGUAAACAUCAAAAUAAAUCAAAGAUUAGUUCACUUGAGGAAUUUUUGACCAGAAAUCACAUUCUGUAAAUUUUUUAAUGCAUAAAUGAAACAUGUACCACC